GCACAUAAAAAGGCAUCCAAGUUGAAAUUGGGACUCAGCUGAACACAGUCCUGCCGUGUGGGAAGACACCAAAGAAAACUGCAGCACGCCAAGACAAAGUCUGACCACCUUUACGGAUUACAAAACAAACAUGCAGUUUGCCCUUGGCGUGUUACUCUUGUGUGGCAGCAUCAGUGUAAGUUGGGCCGCUUCCGUCAAAAUAGGACUUCGUUGCCCUGCCGGCUGGAUUCAGUUGGACACCCGCUGUUUCAUCUUCCAAAACGAGCCAUUAAAUUUCCGUCUUGCGGAGACUGUCUGCAACAUUCUCGGGGGAAACCUGGUUUCCAUCCACAAUCAACUUGAAAAUGAAGUAGUCCGCCACGUGAUUCUGGCGGGGGCUGGCUCUUUUGCGCGGACUUGGAUUGGACUAUAUGACCGGAUCAUGGAUGGAGAUUAUUUAUGGACGGAUGGCUCAGAGGUGGAUUUCUUCGACUGGGCGAAUAACAGGCCAACCAUGAACGCAAAUCAAGACUGUGUCGAGAUCAACUUCCAAAAUAACGAUCAGUGGAAUGAUCGCGCCUGUCGUGGUCGACUACCCUUCGUGUGUGCAAAAGAUCUGAAUCACUUUUAAGAUGCAUUCUUGCUCUGC